CUUUUUCUUCUCAAUAUCAUCCGGUUAUUCUAAAACUGUGUAUGGUGAGUGUCAAAUUUUCAUUGCGAAAUUUAACGGUUGGUAGUGUCAUGUAUUUUGCUUGUUUAUGCAUAACCUGUUGGGUUUUAAGGGUUUUCAACUUAAGAUCCCGACCUAUUCGGUUAUCUUAAUCAAGUGAAGUGUCUGCCUUGCCUGCAUUCAACGCGGCUGUGUAGUAGUAGUAGUUAGUAGUAGUAUUAGUAGUAGUAGUAGUAGCAAAACGGGCAAUCCGCUAAAAACUAAAAAUAAAAACGUUAUAUAAAAAAUUAUCUAAUGUCUAAUUAAUAUGAUGACCAUGGACCUAGGCCUACCUGCGUCCACCUCAACAAAAAAUUGCCACAUGGUCUUGAGAUAUGGCUGUUAUAUAUGAUGUUGUCGUAAACGCUAUAUUAUAAAUUAUAAAUAAUGAUAUCAUAAUUUGAAAAAGGGGGGGGGGGGGGAGGGGCAAUUCCCAGAUACUGAUACCGUAUUACUAUGCUUAAAUCUAAACAGAAACAGUUUCAUCUCUCAUUAAAAAUAUUUGACAUCCCCUCCCUCAAAGACAGAUGAGAAAAGCUCCGCUUAACAUUCCUCUAUAAAGUGCUCAUGGCGACUCAUGGGGCUAGUGCUGGCCAUCCCAGCUAACACAUAUCUAACCCCGCAGAAGCCAAGUCGCUUAAUCAGAGCCAAGCGCUCAAUAACCACUGACUUCACCUCUGACAACUCCAUGAGCAGUUACAUCCGGAACAAUAGUGAAUGCUUCACUAUGCCUCGGUGUAACACAGUUCAAUAUAAACAAUCAUUCUUCCCACAAACAAUAAUUUCUUGGAAACAACUGGACAAUGCCGCAGUGGACUCUACAUCAAUCGAGAGUUUCAAGGCUGCCCUGGCACCCGCUAGGAGCCGUUAGGAUAGCCGCAUCGUUUCCCAAUCCGUUGCACAUAUGCCAGUACAAGGUUGCAGCAACGUAGUCUAUCAGAAUCAGAAUUAAAUGGUAAUUAAAAAAUGGUGUCGCCACUGUUGCACUCUCUACAACCAAUCCCUUCUGUAUAAGAUAAGCUGAUGACAUGACACUGAUAGGGAAAAGUAGGAAAGACAUAUCAAUGAAAAGCCUUUAUUUAUUGAAUUAGAAGAUGCAUCUUUACAAGCAGGGCUGGAAGUUAACAACUAAAAAACAAAAUCCAUGACUACGUUUAGAGAAGAAAAGACGGAUGAAACCAUUAAAAUUAUAAACCAUAUGUUUGAAAAAGUAAAUCAAUUCAAAUACCUAGGUUCUUUAUUAAAUAAAAUAAAUGAAUUGCUAUCAGAAAUAAAAGAAAGAAUAUCAGCUGGAAACAGGGCAUACUUCAAAAUUCAGAAAAUACUCCAAAGUAAAAACAUUGCAAGAAAAACAAAGAAAACUUUAUAUAAAACUGUAUUUAGACCAGCUGAAGUUGUAACAUAAGCAAGUGAAACUUGGACCCUAACAAAAAUGGCAGAAAACCUAUAAAGCACAGGGGAGAGAAAAAAAGUUUUCUGAAUAUUGAUGGAGAAUACGAACCAACCAGGAAUAGUAUUGUCUUUGUCAGGAUUCCAUGCUUGUAGCAGAAAUAAAAAAAGGGCAGGCUAUGCUGGGCUGGACACUUAGACUUAGAAAGAAUGAAAAAAUAUUGACAAGAGUGCACCACCCAAAACCCCAGAGGAAAACAGCUCUAAGGCUUUAGAUAGAUGGAUGAUGUGGAAAAUGAUAUACAGCAGAUGGGAAUCCAAGCAUGGAAAAGAAAAGCAUCAGGAAGGUCUGAGUUGAAGGAAGUAGUUAGGCAGGCCAAAACCCUACAUGGACUGCAGCACCACAUGGAUGGAUAUCUAAAUCAUAUGUUAUUUGAUAUUAAAUAAAUGAAAGAUCCAGCAUGUUUUUUCUUUAAAAAUGCACUUGACUAGCCUACACCUAUAAUAUUAUGUUAUUAAUAGGCAGGCUAUAUAAUUUAGUAAAUUAUUAAACAAAUUUAAUAGGUUAUAUAGGUGUAUAAUUAUAUUUAAAUAAUACAAUACAGGCCUAUGGUUGUUUGAGGAAGUUUAUAAGUUAGGCUUAAGUUUAGUUGUCUGGCAAAUUAGACAUUUCAUUUUAUAAAAUUAUUAUAGGAUGUAGAUAUGAUUGUAACAUUGUAUUCAAUAGGCAUGGACAAUAAAAUUCCCAGAAGUUAGUAAUAUUUGGUAUUCUUAUAAAGUGUGUUACUUGAAUGCAUAUUUUUUCAAGCAACUUUCAUAGACUUGAAGUUCACCAUUGCGUAACAGGUUGUUUCUAGUAAAAAAUAAAACUUUAAAAGCGUUAACAAAUUGUUUAACAAAAACAUAUAGGCCUACUUGCAAUAUAAAACCUAGAGACCAAAGGUAUUUUCUUUUUAAAACUUAUAGGCUUAUAUUGCUUGUAACUUAUAGAAUUAUAUAGUAUUUUUUGCCUUAUAAUGGAUUAAAUCACAUUCGCAUAGGCCUACAGUCUACAGAUAAUAAUAAAAUGCAGACAUUGAAAGAGUUCCAGACUUUGACAGGGCACUCAGACAGAGCCUGGUGUGUAUCUUGGAGUCCCAGUGGAACACUUCUUGCCUCCUGUGGCGGGGACAAGACCAUUCGCAUUUGGGGAAAAGAAGGUUAAUAAUUUCAUGCUAUCAGUGCUUUAAAUACAUUGAAAAUAUUUUUGGGGUAUAUGGUCAUUACAUAACCUUAUCUAAAUGCUUCAUUACAUUUUGUAUAGGAUGGUAUGUCAGACAUGUUUACCCUCAAACUCUUAAAAUCGAACAAUAUCAUCAUAAAAUCUUUCAAUACAUUAUCUUAAUAGUAACAAAUAAACAUACUGUAUAUAUAAUGUACACACCUCAAAAUCAUAAAUUGUACGCCAAAAUCGUAAGAGUAAACAGGUCUGGUAUGCUUUGGGUUUAAUAAUAAUAAUAAAUUAAAUUUAAUCUUCAUUAAAAAAAAUGUUCAUUGCUUAUCUUAUUUAGAACAUUACAAAUUUGUUCUAGGUGAUAAGUGGGUGUGUAAGUCAAUCCUAGCAGAUGGUCACACCAGAACAAUUCGGUCGGUUUCAUGGUCACCUUGUGGGCAAUACCUCGCUGCUGCCAGCUUUGAUGCAACUACAAGUGUAUGGAGUAGAAAAGCCGGAGAAUUUGAAUGCCUGGCCACGCUUGAGGGUCACGAGAAUGAGGUCAAAUGCACUGCAUGGGCUUGCACUGGAAAUCUUUUGGCCACAUGCAGUAGGGACAAGAGUGUAUGGAUUUGGGAAGGUAAAUUCCUUUGCGAAACAUGAACUUGUAGAAUAGAAUUUCUAGUAAUGUUCAUUUAUUUAAGCCCACCAUCCUGCCUUGUCUUCCUCACUUUUAAUUAAAAAAAUAUAUAUUUAAUGAUUAAUUGCCUCAAAUCUUCUUACUUUUUGCUGAAAUAACAAAGUUUGUGAAGUUGUAUUUCUGGUAGUAUGGUAAGGGAUGUUAGAAAUGUAUGUACUCAUUUUUAAUUUGAUGUUUUUAUUUUCUUAACUAACUGUGGGUGUAGCAGGUAUUUAUUUAUGAAAAGAAAUUGACAAAGCCUCUAAAUUAAAUUCACAUUUUAAGGCAUACUUUUUAAUUUGGAAUUUUAUUUUUGCAAAGAAUUUUUCCGAAUCAGUCUAUAUUUAAAACUUACUUGAAUUUAUCAAUUAUAACUGUUUGAAUGAUUUCCUGAUUCAAUACCUUACAGUGACUGCUGAUGAAGAGUUUGAAUGUGCAAGUGUGAUGUCAACCCACACACAAGAUGUCAAGCAUGUGAAAUGGCAUCCCUGUAAGGAAAUCUUAGCCUCAUGCGGGUACGAUGACACCAUUCGCAUUUUUCGUGAGCAGGCAGAUGACUGGGAGUGCUGCACCACACUCAAAGGCCACGAGUCAACAGUCUGGUCCAUUGAUUUUGAUAAAUCUGGCAGCAGAUUGGCCUCCUGUAGUGCAGACUCGACUGUCAAGAUAUGGCAGGAGUAUGAGCCCGGAAACUCAGAGGGCGUGGUGACGACGGACAAUAUUUCCACCUGGAAAUGUGUGUGCACCAUUGGUGGGUACCAUGAAAGGGCAAUUUACGACAUCAGCUGGUCUCAGUUAUCAGGUUUGCUAGCCACAGCAUCUGGUGAUGAUACAAUCUGUGUUUACAAGGAGUCGCCCUCUCCCGAUUCCAAGAAUCAACCUCAGUUUGAGCUGGUGGCUCGUGCCAGGGGAGCUCAUUCUCAAGAUGUGAACAGCACAGAGUGGAGUCCCACUGAAGAGGGUCUGUUAGCAUCUUGUAGUGAUGAUGGGAUAGUUAAGCUAUGGAAGCUUGAACAAGAUUAGUCGUAAGUCAUUUAUUCUCAAUGAUACCAUAAAUUAUAUUGUUGUUGCUUGAACUUGAACGAUUUAAAAAAAAAAAAUUAAAAUGGAGAAGUUUCCUGAAUUCAGGUUUUGAGAAAUAUAUAAUCUUUGACUUUAAAAAAAAAAACAGCAAUAUUUGAAUAUUAAAGUAGAAUUGCCUCUAUGGAUCUUGUUCUCUCCAAUUUUGUUUUAAAUGACUUGAUUUCACAAUCAUCCUUUUCACUCAACUGCUUAUGUGUUUAAUGAAAAUGUUUGGUCAAAAUAUAAACUGUCUGAUUUUUUUUUAUAAGGGGCCAUCCAUAAAAGACGUCCACCAAUUUUUUGCUAUUUUUAACCCCCCCCC